UUCGUAUCCCCGGCCCCGGGGCGGCCACACCCCCGGCCCCGCUCCGAAGAAUCGCAGUCGCAGCCCGCACGGCCGCACCGCACCACUCCCGCACUUCCGCGCGGCGCGAACUCGGCUUAUCGACACCACCACGGCACCGCUACAGCCUACAGCUCGAGAGAGGAGGGGAAAAAAAUCUCAGCCACCACCGGCAGCCGCGGGAGCUUCGCGUGCGCCGCUUGCUCACUGCCCGCACACGUACGCCAGAACCCCUCUCUCCCCCCUCCUUCUGCAGCCAUGCUCCUCCACCUGCUUCCGCUCUCCUGCCCCGCGCCGCCGUUCCACCUGCGCAGGACCGGCGGCUCGCCGCGGACGCCGCGGGUCCGGGCCGGCGACAGGACCAGGACACGGGGGUUCCGGGGGACGGACGUGGAGCCGGAGACAGCUCCGCGAAGGCGCCGCGGCCGCGAUGGCGACGAUCCUCAAGCGGCUGGGAGCGGUGGAGACACCGGGGCGCUGCUGGCGUCGGUCAGGAGGCUUCUGCUCUCCGAGGCGCCUGCGGCGGCGGAGGGAGACAGUGAGGAGGAGGAGCAGGGACAGUUCCCCAAGCGUUGGGCCAUCGUCUUCCUCUGCUUCUCCGCAUUUCUACUCUGCAACAUGGACCGCGUAAAUAUGAGCAUUGCUAUUCUGCCUAUGUCCGCAGAGUUUGGUUGGAACCCACAGACUGUUGGUCUCAUCCAGUCAUCUUUCUUCUGGGGCUACCUCCUAACUCAGAUAGCUGGAGGGAUAUGGGCAGAUACUGUUGGAGGAAAGACUGUCCUUGGUUUUGGUGUGGUUUGGUGGUCCAUAGCUACAGCUCUUACUCCUGUUGCAGCACAUCUUGGCUUGCCAUUUCUUCUUGUUGUGCGGGCUUUCAUGGGAAUUGGUGAGGGGGUUGCAAUGCCUGCAAUGAACAAUAUUCUUUCGAAAUGGGUUCCUGUAUCAGAGAGGAGCAGAUCAUUGUCUCUUGUGUACAGUGGAAUGUACCUUGGGUCAGUUACAGGACUUGCAUUUUCCCCCUUGCUGAUACAUAAGUUCGGUUGGCCAUCAGUCUUCUUUUCAUUUGGAUCCCUAGGGCUUGUUUGGUUCACGACAUGGGCAACCAAGGCAUAUAGUUCCCCACUUGAAGAUCCUGGAAUCAGCGCUGCAGAAAAGAAGCUUAUUGCUAGUCAGAGCACAGCAGGCGAACCUGUUAAAACAAUUCCAUGGAGAUUAAUACUAUCAAAACCACCUGUUUGGGCACUUAUAGUUUCUCAUUUCUGCCAUAACUGGGGAACUUUCAUUUUGCUCACAUGGAUGCCCACAUACUACAAUCAGGUUCUGAAAUUCAACCUCAUGGAAUCUGGCCUUAUCUGUGUUCUUCCCUGGUUCACCAUGGCGGUUUCUGCAAAUGUUGGUGGUUGGAUUGCAGACACACUUGUCAGCAGAGGAGUAUCUGUGACAACUGUUCGUAAGAUCAUGCAAUCAAUCGGAUUCUUGGGGCCAGCAUUUUUUCUUACUCAACUAAGCCAUGUUAAUUCGCCUGCCAUGGCGGUGUUGUGCAUGGCUUGUAGCCAGGGUGUACUGCUUGGUCUUUCCAACACGGCUGGGGUCUUAGCGGGUGUAUUUGGCACAGCAGCAACAGGAUACAUCUUGCAGCAUGGUUCUUGGGACAACGUAUUCGAGUUAUCAGUAGUGCUUUAUCUGGUAGGGACUUUGGUAUGGAAUGUAUUCUCAACUGGCGAGAAGAUUCUUGAUUGAAGGGUGUAUGUACACAGUAUGCUUACAGUUCGUAGUGACAAACUCAUUUCGGAUCGACAACUUGACCCCUGGACAUAAUACACUUCAAGAUAACAAAUGUGUCAUCGCGCAGCACGAGAAGUAUCAACCUUAACAUCCCGGAUAUUAAAUUGCCUGGUUGUGAUGUUGCUCUGGUAGAGACGAUUUGAAGCAUAUGGAAUUAUGGAUGAGUUGAGCGAUGCACCCGUUCCGAGCAUGCCACUGUAUAUUGUGUUGAGCAUAGGUAUCAUGUACAGCAUGGUAGAAAGAUUCGUCAUACAGAGUAGUUUUUUUUUUACUUGUACAAUUUUUCCCUCUUGAAUAGUUUGUUCCUGUAACAGCCCGACGUAGAUAAAAACAAGGAAACCUGGGGAUGGGGGUACUACUAAUGCAAACAUUUGGUGAAUAUUUAUCCAUU